AUGGCGACAACUCUGGGAUCGAAAAAAUCAAUUCGCAUCGGCGUAAUGUUGGAAGCCGUGCAGCUGAGCGACAUCAUGGGCAUCGAUCUCUUCGGCAAUCUAUCUCGAGAAUAUUACAACAAAGUCAAGGACUUUGAUCCCGAGUUUACAGAGUGGGAGGAUCACCCAGUCGACAUCAAGUUCUACUUCAUCUCGUCCUCGCUAGAACCCGCCGAGAUGACCCCCGGUCUUAAGUUCGUCCCCAACAUCACCUACGACGACUGCCCUCGAGAUCUGGACCUCGUCCUCAUCGGUGGCCCACUCCCCAGCCACCGCCCUCCUGCUGCCGACCGCUUCAUGAAGGAAGCCUACCCGAAGACCAAGGUCUGGUUGACCACGUGCAUCGGUAGCCCUUGGUUGGCCAGCGCUGGGGUGCUGAAGGGGAAGAAAUGCACGACGAACCGCGAAUUCUUGCCGUUCGUGAGGCAGGUCCACCCCGAGACUGAGUGGCUUGACCAGAGAUGGGUUGUUGAGGAGAAGGAGUAUGAGGGCGAAGAGAAGGGCGAACUGUGGACUGGAGGUGGGGCCGGCGCUGGCCUUUCGAUGAUCAUCACGUACUUGAACAAGAACUUUGAUCCUGGAUUUGUACAAAAGAUGGCACUCGAAGCUAUUGCAUUCGAAGAGUUGGCGCUGAACCAGUUUUACAAGACUUCAAGAUAG